CCCUUCUUCCGUCCUUUCUAGCGGUGCCGGAGCCCGCGGCUCCGGACCCCGCCCCUGCUUCCCUUCCCCGCCUCCGCAGCGUGACUGAGCCGGACUGGCUUCUGCUGCCGCUACUUCUCCGCCUUCCUUUUCGCUGGGAUCCACGGCCGACUUCGAUUUGCUCGCUGCUGAGUUCGAGGAGAAGGUUUUUACCAUGGAAUCCCUGGAUAAAACAAUCAAUAGCUAUCUGGAUGUUUGGCUUGGACCAAGAGAUCCCAGAGUAAAAGGGUGGCUUCUCCUCAGUAAUUAUACACCUACCUUUAUUUUUUCCAUCUUAUACCUACUAAUUGUAUGGAUAGGGCCAAAGUACAUGCAGAACAGACAGCCGUUCUCAUGCCGGGGUAUUCUAGUGAUCUAUAAUCUUGGACUCACAUUGCUCUCCCUUUAUAUGUUUUAUGAGCUGGUGACGGGUGUAUGGGAAGGAGGAUACAAUUUCUUCUGUCAGGACACGCACAGUGGAGGUGAAGCUGAUAUGAAGAUCAUACGUGUCCUCUGGUGGUACUACUUCUCAAAGCUCAUUGAAUUCAUGGAUACCUUCUUCUUUAUUUUACGGAAAAAUAACCACCAGAUCACUGUUCUUCAUGUCUACCACCAUGCAACUAUGCUGAACAUCUGGUGGUUUGUUAUGAACUGGGUGCCUUGUGGCCAUUCCUAUUUCGGUGCCACUCUUAACAGCUUCAUUCAUGUCCUCAUGUAUUCCUACUAUGGAUUAUCUGCUGUUCCAUCCAUGCGUCCAUAUCUCUGGUGGAAGAAGUAUAUUACUCAGGGACAGCUGACUCAGUUUGUCCUGACAAUCUUCCAGACAAGCUGUGGGGUCGUGUGGCCUUGUGCAUUUCCUAUGGGAUGGCUGUACUUCCAGAUAUGCUACAUGAUCUCCUUAAUAAUCCUCUUCACAAAUUUCUAUAUUCAGACUUACAAUAAAAAGGCUGCCUCCAGAAGGAAAGAGUAUCAGAAUGGUUCUACAGCUGCUGUGAACGGGUACACAAAUAGCUUUUCUUCCCUCGAGAACAAUGUGAAGCAAAGAAAACAAAGGAAGGAUUGAAGACCAAACUGAGAAGCCAUUUUGAUAUUCCAAGCAACAACACCACAAAAAAAUCAUCUGAUUGUAAGCACAAUACAAGUUGUGCACUGAUAACUCUUGACAGCUACUGUAACUAUUCCUGCCUAGAAUAGUGGCAAUUUAUGUAGGACUUAACUAGUGCAAAACAUCCUAGAAACGAUUGAGUAGGGUUAAAGUUGUGGACGACGAUGAUAAAUUUUGGGUGGUCACAGACCCGAGUAUAAACUGUGGAAGGGAGUAUUAUUGUAGUGUGAGUGUCUGUAUGUGUGUGUGAGAGAAUAUAUAUAUAUGUAUAUAUAUAUGUGUGUAUAUAUAAUAUACAUAUAUAUAAUGACACUGCUGUUGCCUUACUAGUCAAUGAUAGGUGCUGAAUUAUCAUUCACAAUUUCAGAACACUGUAAUCCAAACUCAUAUUUUUUAACUGUAGAUAUGCAUGUGAUUGUAAUUUGUACAAUGAAGUUGUUUGGCGGUUGUUUGUUUUUUUAUUUUCUGUAGUUUAAAGCACACAUGCCUUAAAUGAAAUAAAAGCAGAGCCCAAAACUUAAUACAGGUUUGAAAAUCAUGGAGAUGUUUCACUCUGGGAGUGACUUCUCACAUGACAGUUUAUACUCGGAUGCAGAUACCCAAGUACAAAAUAGAUAUGUAUCGUGUCGGUUUGAAAGGUGCAUGUGUGGAAAAAGUAGUGGCUUUUCUGCUUAAAAUGCUUGUAAGCAGCAACCCCAAAAGACUGGUUACGAGCUUGCAAACAUGUUUGCACAUGUUCUUUGUCAGGUGCCAUGGUAUACAUUUACGCUGUACAUGGAGAUCACUAGUCCAAAAUGAAUCAUAAGAAGCCACCCCAGGUUGUGUGACUCCCUUCUAGAGUCUGUCCAAAAAGCCAUUGUUCGAUUUACCUUACUGCGUACUACACAUUGUUUGCUACAUGUUAUUGGUGAAAUUGGAAACGGCAGGUACAGUCAAGGAAAAACUCUUCUCCAUGUGUCCUGUACAAAAUGAAAGGGACACAUCCAGAGCACGGCCAUUUAUUUCUCUCAAAGGCUUGAAGAGGAGAAGUUCUUGUUGGGCCACAUUUGUCUUUAGCUCGGGUCACUCACAGUUCUCCCAAGCCUACAGCAGUUUUAUUUUUAUUUUUACUAAUGCACAAAUAUUGGGAAAUUAAUUAGCACUUAAGCAGUAUCUAAAACAUAAUUCUGACUUGCUUAGUAUUAAAAAUAUACGGAGUGCGCAAAACAUCUUACAAUUCCUAUCCCUUUAAAAUUGGGGUUGGUUUUAGAGAUCGUACUCUGCAAACUUGAAGAUCUUGUGCUCAUUGAAGACUGUCAUGGAGGUAGGUGGGCUUGAGUGGGUGGGCGGGGAGAGCUGUGGCCUGGCCCCUCCCACUUUUCCUCCUUGGGUCCUUUAAAGGAGGGAGCUGGUUGAGUGAAGCCCCCCAGUUGGUUCAUCGGCGACUUUACUGGUCGCUUUGUGGAACAAGAGUGAGUAUCCGGGCUGCAGCAGAGCACCCUGACUUCCACUGGGCAUGACUUCUUUAACUGCAGAACAGUUUUCAAUCUUGGAAUUAAACUGAUGGAGUUGCAUUUCUGAAAAGGACUAACUUGUUUAACUCCAACUAAAAAGUGACUUCAAGGCAAUACAGGGAUUUGACUUUGCAUGCCUUCUUGGCAUCCCUGUUGCUGUUUGUGUAGCAAACAUUGACUUUGAAAAUGUGCCUAACAGCAAAGGGUUUUGUUUGUUGUUGUUGAGAAAAGGAAAAAAAACCCCUAAAAACGUGUUGGUGAUGAUGAGUGUCUGUUUUCUUAAUUGUAUGUUGUGUAUAUCUCACCUGUACUUUCUUGGCUUGUUCAAGGUUUAUUUAGAAGUGCUUGUUGCAAUUAAUGUUUCUUGUGAAAUCCCUACCCCUACCCCAUAUUUGCAGCGUCAGUUGUAAAAGCAGACAUCUGUAACGGAUAUGCUAUGUAAGAUGGUGGAGUUUAGCCUGUUAACAUGUUCAUCAAACACUGUUUCAAGCUAUCCUAUUGCUCAUAUUCCCAACUUUAUAUAUUAUAAUUUGAUAUUUAUAUAAUACCAGUUUUACCAUAUUUUUUGCACAGCUAAUGUUAGGGAACUAAUGAGUUCUCCCUGUUAGCCAUGUGGAUUUUCUUUUGCUUGUUUUUGAAAAGUGAGACAGCACCAGUUUACAUUUUUUUAAAGCUUUCAAAGUUUGUGUGUACAUGUCUUGGUUUCUAGGUACUGAUUUGCAAAGUCUUUACAUAUUUCAUACAGCAGCUUCACUGUUCAAAAUAUGCUGUCUGAGUGUGCUAAAAAUAAAAAAAAAACCUAGUUUGUCUGAAA